UUAGCAGAUUUUCUGCUCUUCGUGGUUGUCAUGGAUCAAGGCAUCUACGACACCAGGACCGAGACGGAGAAGCCGGCGUCUGAAAAUAUGGGCACAAAAGUGACUAUCAACAACCCAGCCGACAUCACCGUCAUCGUCGGCUAUUUCCUCAUGGUCAUUGGAGUGGGAAUCUGGUCCAUGUUCCGGACUAACCGCGGCACGGUGAGGGGUUACUUUUUAGCAGGUCGGACCAUGAUCUGGUGGCCGGUGGGCGCCUCUUUAUUUGCCAGCAAUAUCGGCAGCGGCCAUUUUGUGGGGCUGGCCGGGACCGGAGCGGCCAGUGGGAUUGCCGUCGGGGGCUUCGAAUGGAAUGCUCUCUUCAUCAUGCUACUGCUCGGCUGGCUCUUCGUUCCCGUUUAUCUGACUGCUGGGGUAAUCACCAUGCCUCAGUACCUGAAGAAAAGGUUCGGAGGUAACAGGAUCAGCCUGUACUUAUCCGUCAUCUCUCUGUUCCUCUAUAUCUUCACGAAGAUUUCUGUCGACAUGUUCUCAGGAGCGAUAUUCAUCCAGCAGGCUUUGGGAUGGAAUAUCUAUGUAUCUGUAAUUGCCCUGCUGUCCAUCACGGCCUUAUAUUCAGUCACAGGUGGGCUGGCUGCCCUUAUGUACACAGACACCGUCCAGACAUUUGUCAUCAUCGUCGGAGCCUUCGUCCUCACGGGAUUCUCCUUCGUGGAGAUCGGAGGCUACAGUGCCCUGUUUGAGAAGUACGCCGAGGCUCUGCCUACCGUCACGCAAUCCCCACAGCCCCAGCUCUACAACAUCUCCUCGGCAUGCUACCAGCCACGCAGUGACGCCUUCCACCUGCUGCGGGACCCCGUGAACGGAGACCUACCCUGGCCCGGAGUGAUCUUUGGCAUCGCCAUCGUGGGCAGCUGGUACUGGUGCAGUGACCAGGUGAUCGUCCAGCGCUGCCUGGCUGGCCGCAGCCUCAGCCACGUGAAAGCUGGCUGCAUCCUGUGCGGGUACCUAAAACUGCUGCCCAUGUUUCUCAUGGUGCUCCCUGGCAUGAUCAGCAGGGCCCUCUACCCCGAUGAGGUGGCCUGUGUGGUUCCUGAGAUAUGCAAGCGAGUCUGCGGGACGGAGGUGGGCUGCUCCAACAUCGCUUACCCCAAGCUGGUGGUGUCUGUUAUGCCUGAUGGCCUGAGGGGCCUCAUGUUAGCAGUGAUGCUAGCUGCCCUGAUGAGCUCCCUAGCCUCCAUCUUCAACAGCAGCAGUACGCUUUUCACCAUGGACAUCUGGACCCGUCUGAGACCACAGGCCCGUGAACGGGAGCUGAUGAUCGUGGGAAGAGUGUGGGUGCUCUGCAUUGUGUCAAUCAGUAUUUGCUGGAUCCCAGUAGUACAGGCUGCCCAGAGUGGUCAGCUGUUUGACUACAUCCAAUCAGUGAGCAGCUACCUGGCCCCGCCCAUCGCUGCAGUUUUCUUUCUUGCAGUAUUUGUAAAGCGAGUCAACGAACCGGGGGCUUUCUGGGGUCUCGUCGGGGGUCUGAGCAUGGGGCUGUGCCGGAUGAUCCCAGAAUUCACAUUUGGCACGGGGAGCUGCCUGUUCCCCUCAGACUGCCCCCCGCUGGUGUGUGGCUUCCAUUACCUGCACUUUGCAAUGCUGCUCUUCCUCUGCACCGGCAUCCUGGUGCUCGUCAUCAGCCACUGCACACCAGCCAUCCCAGACAGACACCUUCACCGCCUGGUGUUCAGCCUCCGCCACUCGAAGGAAGCAAGGGAUGACCUGGACUGGGAGGAAGAGGAGCGUGGGAGGACAGCCCGCAGGGAAGCGGCUGAGAAGAUCAGUGAGCAGCCAGCAGAUGGAGGUGGGUCCCAGUCCACGCUCAGGCGCCUGAUUGGCUGGUUCUGCGGCGUGAGUUCCACACAGACACCAGAACCCACAGAGGAAGAAGUUGUGGAGAGUCGUGACCAGCUACCCAGCAUCACAGAGGACCCGAAGUGGCAACACGUCGUCAAUAGCAACGCCCUCAUCAUGAUGGCCGUGGCCAUCUUCAUGUGGGGAUACUUUGCUUAGGAGGAAACAGCCAAUCAGGCGGGUUACCCAGCUGUCAUACUUGAUUUGCUUGCUUAAUGUUUUUUUUUUUUUAAAUACAAACCGAGUGUAAAAUAUUAACUAACAACUAAUGCUGUGAAGACGGUAAAAAAUUAUUUAACACAUAGGUUGACACACUAAGCAGUUGUGCAAGAUGUGGAUUGUUAAACGUAAUAGGUUAUCACAGAAACUAUAUUCACAAAUCAAUUCUUGGGCUGCGGCGUGGUGGUGCAGUGGUUAGCACUAGUGCCUCGCACCUUUGGGACCAGGAGUUCAAGUCUCUGCCUGGGUUCCAUGUGCGUGGAGUUUGCAUGUUCUCCCCACGUCAUCAUGGAGUUUCCUCCGGAUACUCCGGUUUCCCCCCACAGUCCAAAAACAUGCUGAAGCUAAUUGGAAUGACUAAAUUGCCUAUAGGUGUGAAUGGUGUGUGAGUGUGCCCUGUGAUGGGCUGCCCCCCCCAUCCAUCCUGGGUUAUUCACUGCCUCGUGCCCAUAGCUUCCAGGAUAGGCUCUGGACCCCCUGCGACCCAAAAGGAUAAGUGGUUUGGAAAAUGGAUGGAUGGAUGAAUUCCUGGGCCUCCCUGCACUCAGGGAAUCUUCAAGAGUCAGCAAAUAAUGGUUUACUGAACUGUCAAACUUCACUUCAGCUAGAAUGCAAAAAAAAAAGAUUCCAUUUACUGUGUGCCUAAGCUGAAAUUGCAAUGGACGCCCAAAUUCAAUACCAUCACGGCCCUGAAUAUAUGCACAGUUUACGUUUAAAUUAUGCUGCAAUUCAUGUUUGUCAGUGUGUGACUGAAGUGUGGAUAUUCAGGUGCGGAAAGUAAAAAAAUCCAGACCAAGAUUUUGUUUCAACCACCCAGUUGAGCAUAAAGUAAAUCAGUCAGAUUACUCAACUGGUUGGUUGAAACACAGUCUUCUGGUCUGGAUUUUUACUACCUGCACCUGAACUAUCCACCUGUGGUGUUUGAAGUAGAAUGAGAUUAACAGCUCAGCCAAAUCAUGCUGAAUGAAGGAACCCACCCCCAUAAUCCCCAGGACCAGAUGAAAGCCACUGGUCCAAAAGCAUGGAUAACUCAUUCUACCACAUAUCCCUGAUCAAAUACCCCCAGAACAGGCCUCCAUGCCCACCCUGAACUAACCAAUUAGGAUCUGAAGGCUGUGGAUAAACAGCCACAAUACAUAUAUUCAAAUUCUUCAAACGUUUGGAAUUCGAGGCUAAAAUUAACCUCAGCCAUUACAUUUAAGGAUCCAUGUUUCCUAAGGUACAUGGGAACAUGCAUAGGCACAGAAUCUUAAUUAGUACUGAUGACCAUUUACUGUGGCCUUGCUCACCUUCCCUUCAACGUGGGGGUCAUUUAAAAUAUUUCAUGAAUUAAAAAAAAAAAAAAAAAAACCCACUACAAGAGUGUUUCCAGUUUUAAAUCACUUCAGUUUAUUUGAGAAGCAGAAAUUCCCACGUAGCAUUGCACAGCUCGGACACCUACAGGGGUCUCCCAAAAACAGAAGAACGGACUAUUCUUCCUGACUUUUUUUUUUUUUUCAGUUUGAGGGGCUGGGGUACGGGGCCAGGAUUUAAGGCUGGAAGCUGGUUUUCAGAGUUCUCGUGGACCGAGUCCCAGUGUUCCCCACGCAGAGCAAACAGCGGCUUUGGCAACGCACGGCCUCUGCCGGCCAGCAGAGAGAGAGAGGGAGAGAGAGACAAAGAAUGGGGAGUGGCGGGAUAAGGCCGGGCCUGAAAUAAAAA